AUGAGAGGAUCCGCCCUGCUGCCGAAACAGCUGCGGGCCCUGGGCGCCACAAACAAAGAUGGACGUCCAUCCUGGCUCAAUAGUACAAUAACUGCGAACUUGCUAUCUGCUUCUCAUCAAGCAUGCAUGCACCCAAUUCAUACCAUUGUGGUCAUUGCUUUGUUGGCAAGCACAUCCUACGUUGGUCUGUUGCAGCAAAGCUUGUUCGAGACUGCAGGACCGACAAGUUAUCUACAAGGCUACGUUGAUGUGGACUCUCUGCUUGAGGGCGGAAGGACACUUGAGCUUAGCAGUCGUACCUCUUGGAGGUGGCAGUCUAACGAUAGUUUUUCGCCCCAGCAGAUUAACAAUGCCUCGCAGCACCUAGCUCUAACAACCUUCACCUUCCCAGACUCCUUAUCGUCGUCUGCUCAAUUGGCUCCGCUAGCGGAGGCGGUACCCAUUCCAGCAAACAUCUCCGCAAAAAGGAUACCCUCGACGCCCAAUGUACUCUCAGCAAUAUCCCAGGACUCUUCCUUGUCCUUUUCCAUUCCAUAUGCCGAAGCGUCAGACUUCCUCAAAGCUGUUCAGGAGAUUCCAGGAAGAUCGAAAACCAGCAAUGGUAAAGAAGACAAAAUAUGGAUCAUGAAGGCUGCUCGUUUCAGUGGUCAUGGUUCUCGAAGAACAUAUAGAGCAUGGUUAAGCGACGGGUGGAGUUCUUUUGUUGAUCUCGUCAAGCAUGCUGAGACUUUAGAUAUCAUAAUCAUGGCGUUGGGUUACCUUUCCAUGCAUCUGACUUUCAUUUCCUUGUUUCUGUCGAUGAAACGGCUGGGCUCUAACUGCUGGCUGGCCACCUCUGUGCUACUAUCGAGCCUUUUCGCCUUUUUGUUCGGUCUCCUGAUUACCACAAAACUUGGCGUUUCCAUCAACAUGGUCCUGCUGUCCGAAGGACUGCCAUUUCUAGUUGUGACCAUCGGCUUCGAGAAAUCGAUCAUUCUCACAAAAGCAGUCCUAUCUGCAUCAUUUGACUCACGGAAAAAGCCGUCCACGAACGAUGCCGCAAAUGGUCAUGUCUGGGGAGCACCACCAGCUCAGUCCCCACCUUCGAUUCAAGAUGCGAUUCAAACGGCAGUAAAGGAGAAUGGAUUUGAGAUAGUACGCGAUUAUGCAAUAGAGAUUGCAAUCCUGGUGGCAGGUGCGGCUUCGGGUGUACAGGGUGGGCUGCGACAAUUCUGCUUUUUAGCAGCAUGGAUCCUCUUGUUCGACUGCCUCCUACUUUUCACCUUCUACACCACUAUCCUUUGCAUUAAGCUUGAGAUAAACCGCAUUAAACGACACGUUGCGCUUCGCAAGGCGCUGGAGGAGGAUGGCAUUAACCGACAAGUGGCCGAGAAAGUAGCUACCAGCAAUGACUGGCCAAGUGGGACCCCUGACGCAUCAGCUGCCUUUAAUAUAUUUGGGAAAAAGGUUCGCGCGAGCAGUGUUCCGAAGUUUAAGAUAUGGAUGGUCACCGGAUUCGUGCUGAUCAACGUCUUUAACUUGUGCACAAUACCAUUCAGGAACGAGAAGAGUUUCAAAGCGUCCAAAGGAUCAGUGUCGCAUGUGUUGGCUCCUGCUCCAAUUGACCCGUUCAAGGUUGCAGAAAAUGGGUUGGAUUCUAUCUACGUCUCCGCGAAGAGCCAGGGGCUGGAGACGUUCGUGACAGUCCUGCCACCCAUCAAAUACGAGCUUGAAUACCCGUCGAUCCAUUACUACGAGGACGAGGACGAAAUGGGACUUUUUGACAUCGAAUACACCGAUCAGUUCCUGAAUGCUGUUGGUGGCAGGGUCAUCGAAGGCGUACUCAAAAGCUUGGAAGACCCUGUUCUAAGCAAAUGGAUCCUCAUUGCACUGACAAUGAGCCUGAUCUUGAACUGGUUUCUCUUUAAUGCUGCUAGGUGGAGUAUCAAAGAACCACAAUCUGCAAAACGAACGCCUCCCAUUCAGGCCCCGCCUCGACCCCAACAUAUCCGCAAGCCGCUUCCGGCUACAGGAGUUAGUGGGUCAGAACGCUCAACAGCUGAAUGUGAACAAAUGCUUAAGGACAAGAAAGCCCCAUAUCUCACUGAUGAGGAGCUCAUAGAACUCUCACUUCGAGGAAAGAUUCCUGGCUACGCGAUCGAGAAAACCAUGGAAGAUGAGGAAUUGAUGACUCGUCUCGAAUCUUUCACAAGGGCCGUCAAGAUCAGGCGGGCCGUCGUCUCAAGAACACCAGCUACCAGUGAGAUGACUCAUCUACUCGAAAGCUCUAAAACUCCAUACAAGGACUUUAACUAUGGUCUUGUUCAUGGCGCAUGUUGUGAAAAUGUCAUCGGCUAUCUCCCGUUACCACUUGGUGUUGCCGGCCCUCUCGUGAUAGACGGCCAAAGCUACUUUCUUCCGAUGGCCACUACAGAAGGUGUGCUCGUUGCCAGCACGAGCAGAGGUUGCAAGGCAAUUAAUUCUGGGGGCGGUGCCGUCACUGUAAUUACAGGCGAUGGGAUGACACGAGGCCCCUGCGUAGGUUUUCCGACACUGGCCAGAGCUGGCGCGGCGAAGAUCUGGCUUGACUCUGAAGAAGGUCAGAAAGUGAUGAAGAAUGCUUUCAACUCGACAAGUCGCUUUGCAAGACUACAAAGCAUGAAAACAGCACUUGCAGGGACAUACCUGUAUAUCAGAUUUAAGACGACAACUGGAGAUGCCAUGGGCAUGAACAUGAUCAGCAAGGGGGUGGAGAAGGCUUUACACAUAAUGUCGACGGAGGCAGGAUUUGAUGACAUGUCUAUCAUCUCGGUAUCGGGCAACUUCUGCACCGACAAAAAGCCCGCUGCGAUCAACUGGAUUGACGGGAGAGGCAAAUCCGUCGUAGCAGAAGCCAUCAUACCAGGGCACGUCGUUCGAAGCGUCCUCAAAAGUGACGUGAAUGCUCUGGUCGAACUCAACACAGCCAAAAAUUUGAUUGGCAGUGCCAUGGCAGGCAGUAUUGGCGGGUUCAAUGCGCAUGCUUCCAACAUUAUCACAGCAAUGUUUCUUGCCACUGGUCAGGAUCCUGCUCAAAAUGUGGAGAGCAGUAAUUGUAUCACCAUCAUGAAGAACAACAACGACAACCUCCAAAUAUCUGUUUCCAUGCCCUCAAUCGAAGUGGGCACUAUCGGCGGCGGUACCAUCCUUGAGGCCCAAUCCAGCAUGCUCGACCUUCUCGGUGUCCGUGGCGCGCAUCCAACUACUCCGGGAGAGAAUGCCCGCAAGCUCGCCCGGAUUAUGGGUGCCGCCGUGCUAGCUGGCGAACUGAGUCUCUGCUCGGCGCUUGCGGCGGGGCAUCUUGUGAAAGCGCAUAUGGCGCAUAACAGAAGUCAGGCACCUACACCGAUGAGGGCUACGACUCCAGUCAGUGCGGCGGUGGAGCCGUAUAUUCGUGCCACGAGGGAGGUGGCUUCACCAGGUUUGGCGCUGACUUCCGGAAAUGCAGGGCUGGGUUUGAAGAUGACGGCUGCGAGAUGA